UGUGCAGCGGCCGGCAGGAAGGAAGCCAACCCGGAUUUCUUACUCGGUAAAGCGGAGCCAGCCCGACCCUUGUAGACGUCUGAAGGAACGCGCGGGACCCGGGCGCGAGAGAUGGAUACAAGUUCAUGCGACAGGCCUCUCUCCGAACCCAAGGAGUGUGUCGUUAAUAAUUCUGAAAAUGCGCUUUUUAUCUUGGGAACCGGGAAGCUUAUGACCCCGCAGAAACAUGUAGCAGAUGUGACUCCUAAUCUUUGCACCUCUGACACCUUUAAGUCACCUUUGGACUUCUCCACAAUAACCGUAGAGCAGUUGGGAAUUACACCUGAAAGUUUCGUUAGGACUCCUUCAGGAAAGACACCAUCUUCCCUUCGGAAGGCCAGGCGGCUGUCCACGGUCGGUGUCCGGGGCUCUCCAGAAACAAAUUGCCUGAUCCGCUUCAUUGCUCAACAGCAAAAGCUAAAGAAGGCUGUGAGGUCGCCCCUGGCACACAAGUCCCCCUUUCAGGGUAGCCCAGGGCUAAAACCGAAUGCCAGUGCUUUAAGAGAACGAAUGGCUGCUUUUCGGUCAGCUUUUCACUCCAUACAGGAAACUGAGAAGAUGGUCGGUGGUCCCGCAGCCUCAGAGGCAGAUGGAGCAGCGUCUCAGACAUCAGAUUGGACCAAAAGAGAAGGUCUUGUUGAAUAUCAGCAGUCUGGGUUCCCUGUAAACUCAUCUUCAAAGCGACGGAGAAUAUCCUCCCACGACAGCCCCGAUGACCAUCUCAGCGGUGCCAAAGAGAAAGUGGCGCAUGAGCAGGUGUUCGCUGACCAAGUGUGUGCUGGGGGCGCCUCCAUAGAUGUUGCUGAGAAGUCAUCUGACAUCGGUUCAGCCCAGCCUGGAUGUAUGGCUGCUCCCCUUCCAGAGCUCACGGAAGCUUCACGUGGACUUGGAGUGGCUGACUGUGUAGAGGGCACAAGAUCAGUUGUCACUGUUCCACUUGACACACCUGCAGCAGAGCUGAGCUCAGACCCAGCCCCUGUCACCAGGUCUCCAGGGAGCCCCUCUGCUAAGACCUUUGUUCUUCGUUCUGUGUUGAAGAAACCUGGUAAGCUGUUCCCAGAGAACAGAAAGGAACACAACCUCUGCGACGGUGGGGCUCGUCUACUCCCAAGUCCUUCCAGCUACUGUGAAGAACAAGGAACAGGUAAGGAAAACUCUAAAACACCAGAUUAUCUGAGUCAGAGGAAGAGGAAGAGAGUUACUUUUGGAGAGGAUUUAAGCCCUGAAGUGUUUGAUGAAUCCUUACCACCCAAUACACCGCUGUGUAAAGGAGGAACACCUGCCCGGCAAAGAAGCGUAAAUGCUCCUAGUCCCCUGCAGUCACCAGUUGGUUUGCAGUUACUGCAGCCGAACUUUGAUGACCAGGAGGAGAAUCUUGAAAACAUAGAACCACCUCAGACACCGAUUGCAACUCUGAGUCCUUCUAAACCUUCAUUCUCUGAUACUCUUCCAGGCACUGACACAUGCAGUACUUUAAAUAACCACAAAGAAAAAAACUGUGGUGUUGGUAGACCAACACAGACUUCUCACAAAAGACAGCAGCUGAUGAGCUCUGCAGAAGAGGACAUUUGCAACUCAUAUGCUGCAGGAGCUAAGCCCUGUAAAGAGAAGAACUCGAACAGGAGGAAAUGUCAAGAACGAAAGUGUACAAGCAAAGCACCUCCUAAAAAGAAACAGGUUUUUAAAAAGUACAGAAAAAAGAAAAGAAGGGCAGGAAAAGGUGUUGAUAAAUGCUUAUAUGGGCAAAGAGACAUUGCAUCCAAGAAGCCACUCCUGAGCCCUAUUCCUGAGUUGCCUGAAGUCUCUGAAAUAACACCUCUGAAUGACUGCACACAGAGGACAUGUUCAGAUGACAUCAGCGGAAGUGGUGAGCUGGAAGAAGCGCUCUCUCUUGGAAUUCCUGUGAAAAGAAAGAGACUGAUACCGCAGAAGGAGGAUGCCCCUGAGCUGGAUCCAGCUUUGGCUCAGCCUCGAGUGUCUGAACUGUGCAGCUGCCCGUUGCCAUUCACUGCUGCUUCUGAGGGAGGGCCGAAUGCCAGUGCCAGGGACACAGGCAGUGACAAUAGCACCAGAGUAGAAAGUGCAAAGGAGCCAAAAAUUGAGAGCAAGACCGAAAGCAGCCUUGUGCCUUGUGCUUCUGAGACCCAAGAACACACCGUGUCCAGUGAUCCGGAGCCUCCAUGCAGUCCUCAGUUCCAGGAUGUUUUCAAGGCUGGUGAAAAUGUAGAAAAUUCUUGUGAGACCCUUGCAGCUCUAGAGAGUGUGAAUAUAAUGUGUGAAGAGGAGAGUGAAUACGUGGCUCCAAAGGGGAGUCCACAGUGCAGCCCUUCCACACCUGACUCACAAAGGGAACAUAAUUGUUCAGAAGAUAUCCAAGUUGAAAAUAUAAAAGCAUCCACAAGCCACAGUGAGAAUGUAGGGAGAAAAUGUACAGAAAAUGACAGCGUCAUGAGUGGUAGAGAAAGGAAACGAAGAAGACACACUAUGUAUUGUUGUGAGGGUCAGAGUUCAGGCCUGGAACAAAGCGGAACCCCUUCAUCUUUCUAUGGUGGGGGAAAGUCUGUAGAAAUACAUUCAGAAAGCUCCCAACUGAUUGACGAUCUGCCUGACACCAUAGAGCAGAGCUUUCAGAGAACAAGCGGGCAAGCCAAAGUGAGGCGCAGCAUGAGACUCCAGAAAGACCUGGAAAGUACAGGCCUUGUAUGGCUGACUCCAAGUCCUCCCAUUCUCCAGAAAACCAAAAGGAGAAUGACGAUUUGUACCUCUGACAGCAGAGGACUUGAAAGUACAUCCUCCACAGAAGAGACAGUAUCCUCAGAACAGAAGCCAGGUGCCCUGCCAUCCAUCUCAGGCAGUGAGAGCCAGGGUGUUGCUUCUUCCACGCUGCCUGGGAAGAGGAGGAAGAGCUUCUGUGUGCCGACACUCACAGACACUGAGAGUACAACACAGCUACCACGCUGCAAAAGAAGACCCUCUCUCAAGAAGGGAGAAAGCUGUCAAUUACCCUGAGGGACCUGGGCACAGGAGAACCAAGGCAAGAACUGACAAUUUGACCUGGCAUUGGUCCUUAGAGGAAGGGAUCCCAGCUUCCUCCUUGCUUUGUCCAUCCUAUUCAACUGCACUGCCCUGCACGUUUCUAAUAAAAAUCAUUUGAGUUGUGAGUUUCGUCUCUUCUCCCUCCAAAUGCUUAGUAUGUUUAUUAGUCUCUUGUUAGAGCAUUCAUUUCUAGACCCAACAGUGUGUUUUCUACAUUUUUCUUUGUUGUAAGUACCCAUUUACCACUGAAGGCUGACUGUUCUGGAACUCAUCCUUUAGAACGACUUUUUCUUUUCUUUAGGUUAAAUUGAAGACCCACUUUGAUGACUUGGUCGUCUACCUCAAAUCAAAAUUUUCCUUUGGUAAUUAAAGGAAAGUGAGGCCCUACAUUGAAAAUUUUCUUCAGUGACCAGAUCCGUUGUUAUAAAUGAGUAUGUACUUAGAAAUAACUUUGUAAUCAUUCUCUCGGGUUGUUCAAACG